ACAAGAUGCAUCCUGUCUCCAUCGCACUCCUCUUGGCACCGACGACCGCCCGGCCAAUCGCGCGGUGCCAGGUCAGCGUUUAUCCCAAAGUCAACCCCAAGAUCUGCUCGCCCAGCCGCGUGGUCGGCUGCUUGGGCAUUGCCAUCUGCAACCCGGCCACGGUGGACAACGGGACCCAAAGCCCAUAUCCGUUGAGCCGGCCUAAACAAACGCCGCCUCCCACCCGCCGCCGCCGCCGCAGCAGCAGCAGGCGGGAUCCGACGGAGGCGGCUCACUGAUCAACGUCGCGCCGGUUCUCAGCCCCAGU